AUGCAAGGCACAGCAGUAACUCGUAAAAAGGGCUUUUUCACCAGGAAGAUGGGCCCCCUCCAGCGCCAGUUACGCCAGGGGGAAUAUGGGUUGUUCAAGUUUUCUCCCAUGUUUGAAAGUGAUUUUGUCCAGAUCAGCAAGCAAGGGGGUCCUAUUGAAAUCCACAACCAGGAGCAAAUUGUGACAGUCGGCAUCACCUCUACGAACCCCCUCCUCUUGAUCCCUAACGUGCUGCUCCUGGCACGGCCCACAGUCUCUCCUGAAGAGCAGGCUACAAAGCCCAAAUCCCGGCUCCGCCAUCAUCCCCGCGUGAGAUUUGAACUAACCAGGCUAUUCCCUUUGCGCUUUGUCAAGAUCACAGUCCACAACGCAGAGAGACAGCAGCUGAGGUUCAAACUGGCCAGCGGCCGCACCUUCUACCUCCAGCUGUGCUCUGAAUCAGACCGGAGAGAAGAGCUCUUCGACGCCUGGGUCAGGAUCGUGCAGUUGCUGCGGCCGCCCUCCGAUGGAGUCCUGGAGGAGCAGAAGGAGAAGGCCAAAAAGCUGAAGGGUUCUGGGGUGACUCCGGCGCCACCACCGAGAGGGAAAGCAAGUCCGCCACUGAAGGGCAAAAGUGCAUCUCCUCAAUGCACGGCUGCACAGAAGAGCAUCCGGAAAAUUCAGGAUGCCAGCAAAACAGCUGAUGAUCAUCAGGAUGAAACCAAGAAGAGCAGUAAUCCAGCCAAACCUUCAGGGAGUUCAUCCAGCCUGCAAGUCAUAGCACUGCCGCCCAGUGCAAAGCACGGUGAUGGGGCUGACCCUCCUCCACCCAUGGAGGUCCAGAAACCAGAAGAAAAGUUAAAGGAGAGCAGGAUAGAGAAGACCCCCAGCCAGAGGAGGUCUGCUG